GAUGAAAAUUAUAUUUAUUUGGGAAAUUCUGAAAAGAGAAGUAUAAAACCAAGUCAUUUUGAUUAUUUAAAAACAAUUGGGCAAGGAAGUUUUGGGCGUGUUUAUAUGGUUAGACAUAAUUUAGAUGGAAAAAUAUAUGCAAUGAAAGUCUUAGUUAAAGAACAAAUAAAACGUCGUGAUGAAGUUAAACAUGUAAUGGCAGAGAAGAAUGUUCUUUUAAAAAAUAUAAAUCACCCAUUUUUGGUUUCUCUUCAUUAUAGUUUUCAAACAAAAAAUAAAUUGUAUUUUGUUUUGGAUUUUUUAAAUGGAGGAGAGUUAUUUUUUCAUUUACAAAAAGAACGUUCAUUUUGUGAGUCUAAAGCAAGAUUUUAUUCGGCAGAAAUGGCUAGUGCUAUUGGAUAUUUACAUGAACAAAAUAUUAUUUAUAGAGAUUUAAAACCAGAAAAUAUAUUAUUAGACCGUUAUGGACAUGUUGUUUUGACUGAUUUUGGUUUGUGCAAAGAAGGAAUUAAAUCGAAAGACACAACAAAUACUUUUUGUGGAACACCUGAAUAUUUAGGUAAAAUAAAAUGUCGAAUCUCGUUCUUGAAUACAAUCGUAGUCGCUAUUAAGCUACUCCACAGGGCUGAAUUGAGAAAUUUGUCGCAUAGAGAAAAGCAAAUACCCCCAAAAGUUGAUAAAUAUUUUUUUUAAUUUGGUUGGCCAUUAUGUGGGAGAAGGAUGGGUGUGGACCAUAUUAUUUAAUGUAUUCCUCAUUAUAAGGUACAAUUUCAGCCCCAAGGGGUUAGCGAGGUUUAGCUU